UGAAAUUCAAAUGGUAUUUGCAACGAGAACUGGACAUCCUCUACUCGCCGCGAGAGGGCGCGACUUCCGUGUUUCCAGAAUCUCGGAUUUUUUUAUCUCGUUCAAAAUGCGUUAUCAGAGCAUCGUUCGGCCGUCCAUCGGAUUGGUCAUCAGAUGGUUUCUGUUAAGGAAAAUUGGGAAAUUCCCUACGACCCUGCAGGUCCUGCGAAGAUGCGUUUCCCCCCCUGAUCCUUUGACGUCUCUUGCCAUUUCCUAUUUUACCAUUGUAAUGGUGGAGGACGUUUUUUUUUUCGCACUUGGUACAUGUUAGUGUGUCACACCGAAGGGAAAAAAAUAGGGGAAUUCUGGGGGUGAAUCGCGUCUGGGUUGAUCCUAGGCGAAGACGUUCGAAGGGCAGUCCUCUGUGCUGGGGGGGUGCAGUGAACUAUGUCGCUGGAAGGGCGUCGUCAGCUGGUCGCAGUCGUCGCGCGUUUGGGGGUUAGAGUAAAUAUAUAAAGAGUUUUUCUUUUUUUGGGGGGGUGUUAAAGAGGUGGGCUCCUGAAAGGGACGUUGUUAGAUGAGAUCGCGUCUGGAGCGGUGUCCUGGCGAGGGCUGCAAGUGUCGAUGUUGAAAUGGAUUAUGAGCUGGAAGUGUUUGAGGUGUACGAGGAUGGUGGGGACCAUCAGAAGGAGCAGGGUGCUGCCGGCAAGAAGCACCUGAAGCACACCAGGAAAAAGUGCAAGCAAAAACCUGGGGACCUGGGUGAGAAAUCUGGUGGUGUUGGUGGUGGAGAGAGGGCUGCGAUCAGCCUGAGGGACUCCAUUGUGGGGGCCAUCAGUAAGAUAGUGGUGUGGAGGGACCAGAGGCGUUACCAGACCCCUGUGCCGGACAAGGUUGAGUCACCACCGCAGACAGCAGUGCCACCACUGCAGCAAAGGAAAUCAUUUGUUGUUCCCUUUGGUGACAACCAGAGGAGGAUUCGAGCCAAUGAUCGUGCAUUCAAUUCCCAGUUUAAAUAUGCUAACAAUUAUAUCCAGACCUCAAAGUACACGGUGCUUACAUUCCUGCCACUGAAUCUAUUCGAGCAGUUCCAGCGGUUGGCGAACUUCUACUUCUUGUGCCUUCUAGUGUUGCAACUGAUCCCAGCCAUCAGCAGUUUGACGCCGGUGACGACUGCUCUGCCUCUGAUCGGUGUACUCGGCCUCACCGCAAUCAAAGAUGCCUACGAUGAUUUCCAACGUCAUAUGUCCGAUUUGCAAGUGAACAAUCGUAAAUCGCAGGCGGUGAAAAAUGGAAAACUGGUCAAGGAGAAGUGGUCCGGCGUGCAGGUGGGCGACAUCAUCCGCAUGGACAACAACCAAUUCGUGGCUGCAGACAUCCUACUGUUGACGUCGAGCGAGCCGAACGGCCUAUGUUACAUCGAGACUGCGGAGCUGGACGGCGAGACGAACCUGAAAUGCAGACAGUGCCUGGUGGAGACGGCCGAAAUGGGUCAAGACGAUGGGAAGAUCAGCGCCUUCAACGGCGAGAUCAUCUGCGAAACGCCGAACAAUCUGCUGAACAAGUUCGAGGGUACGCUGACGUGGAACAACAAGCAGUACUCGCUGGACAACGACAAGAUCAUUUUGAGGGGAUGCGUGCUGCGCAACACGCAGUGGUGCUACGGCGUGGUGAUCUUCGCCGGAAAGGAUACGAAGCUCAUGCAGAACAGCGGCAAGACCAAAUUCAAGCGCACCAGCAUAGAUAGACUGCUUAAUUUUCUAAUCAUAGGGAUAGUAUUUUUUUUACUCUCGAUGUGCCUUUUCUGCAUGGUAGGCUGCGGUAUCUGGGAGUCUCUUGUGGGUAGGUACUUUCAGAGGUACCUGCCCUGGGACACCCUGGUGCCGACCGAGCCACUUAGCGGUGCAACGAUAAUAGCGCUGCUCGUGUUCUUCUCGUACGCAAUCGUGCUGAACACGGUGGUGCCGAUCUCGCUGUACGUUUCUGUAGAGGUGAUCCGCUUUGUGCAGAGUUUCCUCAUCAACUGGGACGAGAAGAUGUACCACGAGGAGACGAACACGCACGCGAAGGCACGCACCACCACGCUGAACGAGGAACUCGGACAGAUCGAGUACAUUUUCUCCGAUAAGACGGGAACGCUGACGCAAAACAUCAUGACGUUCAACAAGUGCUCGAUAGCAGGUAAAACGUACGGCGACCUCAUCGACAAGAGCACCGGGGAGAUCGUCGAAAUCACAGCUAGCACGCCUACGAUUGACUUCUCCUCCAAUCCGAACUACGAGGAGGAGUUCAAGUUCUACGAUCACACCCUGCUGGACGCGGUCCAGCGCAACGACGUCGACUGCCACAACUUCUUUCGUCUGCUGGCGCUCUGUCACACGGUCAUGUCCGAAAGCAGAUCGGGUAAGCUCGAGUACCAGGCGCAGUCCCCCGAUGAGGCGGCCCUCGUCUCCGCCGCUCGGAACUUUGGCUUCGUGUUCAUCGAACGUUCACCUAAUAGUAUUACCAUCGAAGUGAUGGGCACCAAGGAGGUGUACGAGCUCCUCUGCAUCUUAGAUUUUAAUAACGUGCGAAAAAGGAUGUCCGUCAUCCUCAGGAAGGACGGACAGCUGCGGCUCUACUGCAAGGGCGCCGACAACGUCAUCUACGAGCGUCUGCGAGCUGAUUCAGACGAGGUCAAGAAUCGAACUCAGGAACACUUAAAUAAAUUUGCGGGUGAAGGUCUGCGGACCUUGUGUUUGGCGAGCAGGGAUCUGGACGAAGAGUUCUUCAACAAAUGGAAGCAACGCCACAUGGAGGCGGCUCUGAGUCUGCAGGACCGCGACGAGCGUCUGGACGCCAUCUACGAGGAGAUCGAGAGAGAUCUGGUGCUGCUCGGCGUCACGGCCAUCGAGGAUAAGCUGCAGGACGGCGUCCCGCAGACCAUUGCCAAUUUGAUGCUAGCGGGAAUUAAAAUAUGGGUACUUACGGGUGAUAAACAAGAAACUGCUAUAAACAUAGGUUACUCUUGCCAAUUACUUACCGACGAGAUGGUGGACGUGUUCAUCGUGGACGCGUCCACGUACGACGACGUGCACGAGCAGCUGCUAAAAUUCAAGGACAACAUCCGGAUAGUGAACAGGUUCAGCAGACGGAGCACGACGCCCGUCAACCAGCAGACGACCAACGGCCGUUUGGAUACGAGCACGGUGCCGGUGGGCGUGGCCUGCGACGGCGACCAGAUGGGCAUGUCGACUCCGCCCCCGAUGCACCAUCACCAGCAGAACCCCGCCCCGCCGCCGGCCGUCAGCGUGGUGACUUUCAGGUGGGGUGACGAUGCGUACGGUGACACUGUGAGAGCAAGCACCGAGUUGGAGUACAGCGAGGGCCAGAAGAUCGACGAGACCGUGUCGACGUCCGCCGAAUUCGCGAUCGUCAUCAACGGGAAUUCUUUGGUACAUUGUUUGCAUCCGCAGCUGGAGAGGCUCUUCCUGGACAUCGUCACUCAGUGCAGGAGCGUCAUCUGCUGUCGCGUCACUCCACUGCAAAAGGCUCUGGUCGUCGAGCUGAUCAAGAAGAAUAAGCAUGCUGUAACUCUGGCUAUAGGCGACGGCGCCAACGAUGUCAGUAUGAUCAAAGCCGCUCACAUAGGUGUCGGCAUCUCGGGACAGGAAGGUAUGCAGGCCGUCCUCGCCUCGGACUAUUCGAUAGCCCAGUUCCGUUUCCUGGAGAGGCUCCUGCUCGUGCACGGUCGUUGGUCCUACUAUCGCAUGUGCACGUUCCUGCGGUACUUCUUCAACAAGAACUUCGCGUUCACGCUCUGCCACUUUUGGUACGCGUUCUUCUGCGGUUUCUCGGCUCAGACUGUUUUCGAUCCUAUGUACAUCUCGGUCUACAACCUGUUCUACACGUCGCAGCCGGUCCUGUUCGUCGGCAUCUUCGAUCAGGACGUCAACGACCAGAACUCCGUCCUAUUUCCCCAGCUGUACAGACCCGGCCAUUCCAAUUUGUUCUUCAACAAAAAGGAGUUCUUUCGAAGCGCUCUCCAAGGCUGCUACGUUUCAAUAGUAUUAUUUUUCAUUCCUUAUGGUACUUACUACGAUGCCGUCAGUCCCGAUGGUCAUAUUCUUUCCGAUUACAUGCUUUUCUGCGCGGCCGUGGCUACGAUUCUCGUCAUUGUGAACACGGCUCAAAUCGCAAUGGACACUGCCUAUUGGACCGUGUUCAACCACAUCAUGAUCUGGGGUUCUCUGGCGUUCUACUUCAUAAUGGACUACUUCUACAAUUACGUGAUCGGCGGCAUCUACGUGGGCUCCCUAACGAAGGCUAUGUCUGAGGCGAACUUCUGGUUCACGACGGUGCUGACGGUGAUCAUCUCGGUGAUGCCGGUGCUCGCUUGGCGCUUCUACUUUGUGGACGUCUUCCCGAGCCUCUCCGACCGUGUCCGUCUGAAGCAGCGGGUGGCAACGAUGAGGUCGCGCCAGAGCCAGGACGUUCUGCGCACGCCAUCAGCAAGACGCGCCCGUCGCUCCAUCCGAUCCGGGUACGCUUUCGCCCACCAGGAGGGCUUCGGUCGCCUCAUCACCUCCGGUAAGAUCAUGAAGAAGCUACCCACCACCGACUUCAACAUCCUCGGCAAGAACUCCGGAAGUCACAAGACGAGCAAGGUGAGUAGCGUCGCGCCCGCCUCAUCCGGCCAGGACAGCGAGGGCUCCGCCGGUCGGGCCCCCAUCCAGGACCUGGACACCAUCAACUUAUGAGGAUCAUUGAUAAUACCACCAACACCAUCAUCGUCGUCGUCAUAACAUACAUACAUAUAUUAUUACUAUUAACGUUUUUCUCUUUUUGUACUGUUGAAAACUAAUUUGCAAAACGGGAAGGAAAACUGUAUUAUUACUAUAUUUUUUUUUUGUAAAGAAAUAAUUUAUUCCUGUUG